AUGCAGGGCCUGUCCAAAUUCGCCAAUGCCGUGCCCUUCAUAGGACCUGCGUUUGCAGUUAUCAACAUGGUGAUGUUGUUUGUUCCCCAACAUGAUCCAGUGUUGAAAGCGGUCACGGAUGGUUUCAGAGAGGUCAACAGGAAGCUAGACUCCCUGUCCUUGCAGGUGUCCAACCUGGCGACAGAUGUAGAGUGGUACAACUACGCCAGUGUCUAUUCUCAAGAUGAAGUGCGCAUUCUUAGUGCCUGGAAUAAGUAUGAAGAGUUUUUUAGAGAUCACAAUUUGAAUGAAAUGAACUACUUGGCCAAAGUCUUUGUCAACUACUAUGAAUACUCACAAGUGGAAUCCAGUAUGGAUAGCCUGUACCAUUAUUUGACAGUAGAGGGCACAGCUCUUAGUGGGAACCUCAACAACCUGCUACGCAGAAAGUUUAAAUGUGACCUUAAGAAAAUACUCAACUAUAACCUCUACUUCAAUAGUUUACUAAUGAAAGGCAUAGCACUUAAUAAUUUCUACUGGAACCUGAUCGGUUAUAAGACCACAGACAAACUUGAAGAAGAUAAAAAGAUGUUCAAGAAAGUCUUUGCAGCUCAAUCAAGAGUUGUGGAUUCCUGUUUAGAAAAUCACAUGGACUAUGUGAAAGAGGAUGUAGUCGAGACAGCCAAAUUGGUCAGUUAUGACAACCUGCAGGGUAUUGCAGAUAAGGUGAAAGGGUUUCUGGACGAUAAGUAUGACUUUUAUAAGUGGGUUGUGUUGGCAUACAAGUCAUCUAAAGAAACUGGGAGCUUCAAGUAUUUAGUAGUGUAUGACACUAUGACUAAGAUCCCAAUUGGCGAUGAUCUUACUGUGGCCAUAGCUUACACUCAGAAGGCAGAUAUCCCCGAGGAAGAGCUUAAAAAUCUCAAAAUGGCCCUCAGAUGCAUUUUGGGUGCAUGUGCUGCUUGCUCUAUGCGAAAUGAAGACCUCCUUACUCACGUUUUGGAUUACGAAUUUACUAUGAAUGUUGUAGAGUAUGCGAAAAGAACACAUGCCAUCUAUGACAAAAAUGAUUUUGCCGAGAACCCGUCCCCUAAUGUAACUGAAGAAUGUGGGAUUGGUGCCUAUCCAUACAAAACUGCUAUCUAUUACUCCAGGACAUUGUCCCCCUGCGAUGGACCCGAUACAAAAUGCCAAAAUGAUGGGACGUGCAAGAGGCUGCUGGACUCCUCCGAUGCUGUGUGUGUGUGUCAAGAUGGAUUCUAUGGAGAAACGUGCGAGACUAAAGUCGACACUGAAAUCCUUCUGGACGUUUUAAAAUUACCCCUGUCUACUGUCACGCCCUCAGGUGUCCGGCUGGCAGACAUUGAGUCCAAACUGAACGAAAUUUUAGCCAAAAUACAGUGA